AUGUCUAAUCAAGGAGAUUUUAAUACUUAUAUAUAUAUUCCAGUAAAAUGUAAUGAGAGUGUCAAGAAAAGGUGCGAAUUAUGUUUUAACGUAUUGUUUAAAUUGAUAGAAAAGCAACACGAGGAAUGCUAUAAAAAGUCAAAAGAAAAGAAUUUAUUAUGUAAUAAUGAUAUAAAUAAAGGGGAAAUACACAAACAUAUAUAUUAUCAACUAGAUAAAUUAAAUGAACAUAUUGAAGAAAAUAAUAUUGAAAAAGAUUUUAAAGAACCUUUGCAUAUUACUAUAUCAGGUUCGCUUAAUUUGAAAAGAUAUAUGAUUCCUUCAUUUAUUAAUAAAAUAAAAGAAGAAUUUAAAAAUCAAAACAGCUUUUAUUUGUUUUUUCGAAAUAAAGUAGACCUGUAUAAAAGUCAAAAGUACACAAAAUACUUUUGUUCUUAUACCGUUAAAGAAGAUCAAAAAGAAUUAUAUUUAAAUACAUUAAGAGAAAAAAUAAAUAAAAUAUUAAAUGAAUUUGAUCUUAAGGAUACACAUUUAAAUAGGAUAUAUCAUUUAUCAUUAGCUUAUACUAAUAUAAAUUUGGAUGUACUCUUAGAAAAAAAGAAUAAAUGUAAUGAAGAAGAAACUUCUUACUGGCCGAAUAUAAAUGAAUUAAUAUUAAACAACGAUAUUAAAGAAAACAUCUUGGAUGACUUAUAUAUAUAUGUUAAUUGUAUUCACAUACGUAUUGGAUAUAAAUUAUAUAAAAUUCCAUUCAAAUCUUUUGAUGAUAAUUUGAAUGUAUCAGAUUCAUAUGAUUCAUAUAUAAGUAGCACAGAUGAAUAA